UAGGAAAGGCGGUGUUGAUGAAUUAUCCUUAAAUCUGCAACAGUCAGGAUUCGAUUGUGGCGCAUUGCAUGGUGAUAUGAUGCAGGCUGACCGUGAUAAAAUGUUGAGAGACUUCAAGAAUAACAAAUUUCCUAUCAUGGUUGCUACCGAUGUAGCUUCGAGGGGUCUUGACAUAAAGGCCGUUAAGACUGUAGUAAAUUACGACAUUGCAAGGGAUAUUGAUUCGCAUGUACAUCGUAUUGGUAGAACCGGUAGAGCUGCAUACACACUCAUUACCAAGAAGGAGGAUAAGUUUGCAGGAGAUUUAGUAAGAAAUUUAGAAUCCUCUGGGCAAAUUGUUCCAAGUUCAUUAAUGGAUCUGGCGAUGCAGAACGCACGGUUCAGAAAGUCGAGGCAAUUGAUUCGAGGAGGACGUCGAGGAUCAGCAGGUUCCAGUUCGAAUGCCAUUCCACUAGGAAGUGGAAGAGCCGGAAUUGGAUCAGUAGGUUCACAGAUACCUCCACCACCACAACUUAGCACCACUAGUAAUAGAUCUGGCCGUAAUAAUGCAGCUGGUUUCCAAUCGAAACUUCAAGUGAAUUUUCAAAAAGCUUCUUCAUCUGAAUCCGAGUUAGGGUUAUUACGUUCUAGCAACACAAGUUCCUCAUCAACGAAUUCAACAACUUCACCUAGUGUACCUCAACAACGUAAAAGACGCUGGGAUUCAUAA